AUGUCUUCUGUGGACCUUUCCGAAAAUCAGCAACCUAACCUGUAUGCUUCUUCAACAAUACCCUUCAUCAUCGCACUUCUCUGUGUCGGUCUUCGAUUCUGGUGCCGCUGGAAAAACACAGCGGGUUGGUGGCUUGAUGACUGGCUGAUUUUAGCCUCACUGGCUUGCGGCACGGGCCUGACAGCUUCAUUAUUGUGGUGGAUACCUCGCGCUCUUGGAAGGCAUAUUCAGACUUUCGGACCCAAUGCUACGGAGGACGCAUAUAUCGGGCUAUUCGCCUGUGAACUGACGUACACCGGUGUCAUUGUCCUUGUCAAGUUCUCUAUUAUGGCCUUGUACUGGCGUAUAUUCAACAAGACGAACAUAAAGGUUCCCAUUAGCAUCCUUGCCACAUUGGUCUGUAUGUGGGGUAUCGCUGUAUUUUUGCUCACUUUGCUGCAAUGUAUACCAACCCGAGGACUAUGGGAUCAAUCUGUUAAUGCCUCUUGCAAUGUUGACAGCCAAAAGUUCCUGUUUGCAAUCUCAAUCCCAAACAUCAUCAUUGAUAUUACUCUUCUCAUACUUCCUACGCCUUACAUCAUGAAACUCAACAUGUCGGGCAGCAGCAAAAAGGCCAUCAUCUCAAUGUUUCUCUUGGGAAGCUUCGUGUGUAUCGCCUCGAUAAUGAGACUAGUAUCAGUAAUGAAUCAGGGUACCGACGCGGACGUCAGUUGGAACUGGGUCAAUCAGGCCACUUGGGCCACCGUCGAAGCCGACUUGGCAAUUGUAUCAGCUUGCCUCCCAACGUUGCGACCUGUAUAUGUCACCGUUCGACAGAAACUCUUUGGUUCACCACCAACCAACCAAUCCUCCGACCCACCCACUUGGGCUACGCUAUCGACACGUACUUCAGCCCCAUCAUGGGCCACAAGGAUACUCAAAUCGCACUCGGACGAUAACGAUGACACUCAGCCUUUCUCUACUGCGACUAGUGAUGUAGAAGAAGGACCACACCAUUACUCGAAAUUCGAUCAACCGCAUACUGAAACGACCAUCGCGAUUCCAUUAUCAACACUCAAGAAACAAGCUACUAUUGACAAAGAAGGCAUCACGGUGAACAAAGCUUGGGGUGUUGAGUAUAAUCACUAG